CGUUGCUCUCUAUUCUCUCUGUUGUACCUCGUGCGGUAGCCCUUAGCAACCACGUGGCUUGUUUAUUAGAAAGCAAACUUUUACAUCAUUAGCAGUGAAAAGUUUAUAGAUUCUCUAAACAAAAAAUGGAUAAUCGAACGAAACUUACCCUCCACGGAAUAAAUUGCAACGGGAAUACUCCGGAUCAGCCGGUACCGCCUGGUUCCGAGCCAACUUCAGCACAGCUGCUGGAACGGUUGUUAAGCAAAACUCACCCGAAAGAAAACCGCUGGGACCGUAUCAGGCGGAAGCACCUAAAUAACAUAACAGUCACAUCGAAAACAGUGAAGCGAUUCUUCAAUAUGGAUUUUGUCGACGAAAGCCAAAUGCGAAUUCUGAACGGUGAUGGACCGCAGCAGCGAUCCGCAUUGAAUCCGGUAUUGGUGAUGGACAUCAGGCAUGAAAUGAUCAAACGUAAACCUAAGACAGCACAUAGCAAACCAUCAGCAGAUCCUGUACGAGCAUACCAGCAAGAAGCACUCAAUAACCACAAACGGGUGAUCGAGUCGACUCUGUUCGAGAACGAGUUGAAUAAAUUUCGCAAAGAAAUGACCAAAAAUGGAACCAACGUGAAGAAGAAUCAAGUCAGCGAACAGAAGAAAAGUUACCUAUACAUCGAUUUGCCCAAAAUCGACAAUAGUUUUAUCUAUGAAAGCUUGGAUGAAUGCGAAAAGUUUACCAACGACUUCUACGAAAGUGCAAUACGCGGAACGGAUAGUUUUAUCGAAGAGUUGCGCCAAGAGAAGCUGAUGAUGUUCAAAGAGCCAGCCACAAUCGAGGAAAUCCGAGAGGAAACGGACGCUCUGCAGAAAAAAUAUUCGGAACGAACCAACGGAGACGAUGACGAACGCAACGGCGAUAGUCUAGCUGAAGAAGAGGAAGAUGAAAAUAAGAUCGUCCGUUUCGGAGAUACCCAAGUGAUCACAUACCCUGCUGAGGAAUCAUCGUUUUCGCUUGACGGUUCCGAUUAUGACUUUGACGAUAACGAACUAUUCCUUGAGUCACUCGAUUCGGACUUGGACGAGUUCGACGAUGCUGAGUUCUUAUCCACUGAGAGUGAACAAACCCAAGAUGAACCGGUGCCGAAGAUUUUCAACACUGAUUCAAGUGAUGAUUGUUUUACGGUAACUCGAAUUGAAGACUCUGGCGGAUCGUCUAAGGACGAUAGUGCUGAUUUCGGAAAAGAAAAACUCACAUAUAACUACGACGAAGUUGAGGUUGUUGAGGAACCCAUCAUUCCUCUGGAAGAAGGAGACCUAAUAAUGGUGAAGCGCUGCGAAAUGGAGGAAAAAGACUACAGUAAGCUGCUUGUUACGAACUACCGCCCAGGGGAAACUCUGCCAAAUGAUGAUAAAUUGGAAAUAUCUGAAGAAUCUCGCAAAGUAAUCAGCGCCGCGCUCAAAGAAGGUUUUAUGCAAAACUACGAUCGCGCUCUGCUUAAGCAAUAUUUUUUUAAGUGGCUGCAGUAUACUAUUCUGGAGAAAAUCUCCAAAGGAGCUGGGAUAACGUCAACGCGAGAACAAAAGUUGAAAAGAAUAAACGACUUCAUAAACAACAUUCGUGCGAACAAGAAGAAAGCUUCCAAACCAAACGCCACAGUCACCCAGGUCAUCACUGUCAAGAAAGACUACGAGCACCGCAUGAAAGUCCAGCAGGACAUCAUUGAACUUCAGAAGCUCAAGUUGGAGCGACAGGAGCGUAUCAUUACCGAACUGAAAUUGUCCAAAUUUUCCGAAGCAGCGAAAAUAUCGAAAAUGGAAAUCCAAAGUGAAUUGCACAAGGCAAUGCGCACCGGCCACGUGCGGCUGCGUGCCAAAGCAAAAUGUAUUCAGAUUGUGGGCAACAUGAAGAACGACACAAGCGAAGAGGAUGAAAUGAGGAAACUGCAAGCGCAAGGUCUAAUGAUUCCGAAAUUUUUGGCGAAAAUGCAGGAGCGAGCCAUGGAACGUAGCCAACGCCACAUGGAAGCCAAAGAACGUCGAUUGCGACUGGAGAAGGAACGAGAAGAGUCCAAAAUGGCAGCAGAGGAAGCUAAACGCUUGGAAGACGAAGAAGCACGCAAGAAGCGCUACAGGGAGAUGCGCGAGAAACGGAAGUUGGAGAAGUUGCAAAAAAUCAUACGCGAACAGGAACGACAGGCCUGGAUCGCUAACAAUCAGAUAGCCAAGGAGUUUAGGCUACUGAAGCUGAAGCGAUUGGGAAUCAUGGCCUUCAAGCUACUACUGGGAAUACGAAGAGAUAACGAGAGACGUGCGAUGGUGGCGCGCAAGCGGUAUUACAAAAAGAAAUACUUCCGCAAAUGGUGGAUAUUGACCAAUUCUGUGUGGGAGAGUAAGAAAGAAAUGGCCAACGAAUUGGCUCACCGAAAACUGAUGAAGCUAGGAAUGAACAGCUGGAAAGAGUAUUGCCACGAGCAACGCAAGAAGAUGCAGGUCGCAAUGGACUGGUGGGAGGUUCGUCUAACUGAGAAGGUCAUCUCGGUGUGGAUUGGACGCACCAAACAGUCGCUGUUGAUUCUUCAAGGCAAAAUGUCCCAUGCCGCAGCGCAUUAUGAAUGGCAACUCAAAUGGAAGGUGUUCGAACGUUGGCAGCGGCUGCAUAUUAUUUUAAAAAUUGAGAAAGAGACGGAACAGCGUCGCCAAAGGUGGCGCAUGAAGAUCUGGGAACUAUUGCCGGAUUACAAACCAAUCGAAGAAGAAAUUUGAAAAGUCUGAUGUUUACACAUAACUACAAUACUGAGAGAAAGCUUUUUGAAUCAUUUUGAUUAGUAAGAAUUUAAAACAAGUGUUUUAGGGUGCCUAGGAUUUUGUAAAAUUUAGGAUGAACCUUCGCAUCACGGACCUGCUGCAUUUUUAUGAUGCUCUUUUUAAAUUUGGGCCACAUCGGUUGAUAUUUAUUUUAUUUGAUGUCGGGAAUAUCAUCAAAAUGUGUAAACAAUCGAGUUCAAUAAGUACUGGAGAAGUAGUGAAAAAAGUGUUAUCGCUCUACUCUGAUAGUAACCACAGAUUUUAUCCUUUAUUCAGUAAUAUGCUCACUCAAGAAUUCAGAUUUCAACAAUUGAAGUCUUCACAGCAUUUCGGACACGAGAACGCGUGUUCAUGUCCACAACAUUCUGAACACAGCUCACUGAGCACUUACUGGUACCCUGGAAAACAAAUUGAAAUGAAAGCAUUUUUCACAUUUUUCGUUUAGUAAAGUAAAACCCGGGACAUCUACGGAUGGAAAUCAAGCAUGCUCGUAUAUUUUUGCAUAGUUCCAAAUCUAUGGAGCUUUAGAUACCACGGUCGUUUUGCUUGCAUACUAACCCAGUGCACUCUGAAGUCUGAACUGUGUUCAAAGUUAACAACUAAGAACAUAAAGCUCAUUUGCUUAUGUUCCCCAUCGACCGAUUUGACUCGAAUCUUUAAAUGGCCGCGUGAUGUGAGGAAUACACCAUUCCAAAUCUGCCACAAGUCUGAUUUUAUGUAGCUUCAAAUAGUUUCGAUUUUAAAUGUU